AUGGCCCCCAUCCCGCGGGCCGAUUUUGAUAUGGAUAACCCGUCGUCUGACGUGGGUGACAGCCAGGAUCAAGAUUCCCCGCUGCGCCGCCAGUUUUCUGAACCAUUCCGUCCCCAAUCUACUUCCACCCAGAUUUCGCAGUCUCCUGAGCCACUGGCCAAGAAAAUAAAAUGUGACUGGUGCGGGAAACUACUAGAACUUCCCCAAGAUGGCUCAAUCUCUAGGGAAGAUUUGCUCAACGAUCACAUUACUUCAGAUCACCCAAGCUCGCAUUCAUUUGAAUACGAUGAUGGCGAAGAGCUUGAAGAGGGCGAUGAAGUCGAAGAUGCAGUUGAUGCUGAUGAGCUUGAACUUGACGAUGAAGAAGCCUUGAACGAUGCAUCUCAGUUUGAAGAAAACGAUGAGGCCUACCAAGUCGAAGAGGCUGACGAAGCUGAAGAUGCCGAAGACGCUGAAAUGGCUGAUCAGACUGAAAUGGUAGAAGCCGACGAAGCCGGGUCUGGCGAUCAAGACCAAGAACAAGGAACCUCCGUCGCAUUUGCGACCAACGGUGAUAACAGUGAUGAGGUUGGCACUUCCAAAACUUCCAGCAUCGGCAUUAAAGCUGCACCUGAGACCCAAGCAAAGCUCGAUACGCUUGAAUGGCUCACAAAUCCCCGGGGUGCAUUUCCCGAGGAAUUCCGCCGAAGAUUGGCUACAUGGCAAGAGUCAGACAUCAAAAACCGCCUGCCCAAAAUUUGGACCGUUCACAAGGCCUCAAACUUCUCGGAAAACUACGAUCAGGACAUUGCUAAAGUGGACGCUACCUGGCAAGGUGUCUUCGGCGACAAGCCUAAGAAGAAGGAUGUAUCGGAGCCAAUGGUGCGACCAUCCCCCUACAAAACGUCCCAAGUUUCCAAGGGCCAAUUCCUCGAAAUCAGCUCCUUUAAUGAGCUCAUGGAAACACUCCGAAAGCCAGAGUCUCUUACGCCUGAUGAACUGUAUGCAGCCACUGAAGCUGCUGCCAUCGCGAUGAAGACAUGGCAAGAUGAAUACAUUGCUCUUGAUAAACUCUACAAUCGCACACACCGCCACUACCGGGCCCCACUCCACAGCGAUGCUAAGCGGGAACAGAUUGUAGGCCACAAGAAGCGAUCAGGACAGCCACUCGCUCGGGUCGCUGAGAAUGAACGUGACUUCGAGGACAGAAAGGAAUCAAUGUUGUACGGAUACAAACACAAUUUCUUUGCGAGUAACUUGAGCACUACGGUCAGCUGGACCCCCCAGAACCCAUUUGUUCAAGGCGGGUUCGUCCCUACCCCUGCGCAAGCUCGAAAGAUGGCCGCAAAGGUGGCCCCUGAAGAUACCAACCCUGAUGGCUGGACGCCAAUUGUACGCUACGGGGUGGAAUUCGUCCCCAAGCUGUGGGAGGCACGACGAGAACCCGUAUUGAAGUUCACACGCAAGCGCAAAGCUGUGGAAGUUGAGCCUAGCAAGACCGAGGAGGCUGAGGAUACACAGAAUGAGUCUGAAGUUGCAGAGGAAAGUGAAGAGGAGACGCGCCCAGUAAAGCGACGAACUCGAGGCCGUGGUGGUCGCGCCACAAUAGAUACCUACCAACCCCCCGAGCCCCGAACUUCAACUCCUCGUGGCCGCGGCGGUUCCCGUGCUCGUGGACGUGGCCGUGGUCGUGGCACUGGCCGGACUGCAUCGGCCCGUACAUCCAUCGAAGGCAACCAAUCUGCGACUUUCCCUACCCCGACCUCCUAUCGUGGUCGCGGCCGUCGGGGCGCGAGCAUAGUGAGCUCCACUCCUCAGGCCCACAUGUCUGAGGAAAGGACUGCAUCUCUGCCUGAUAUCUCUCCCAUGCCGGAGGCAACUCCACCACCCAAGGCCAGCCCAGCCGUGAAGCGGGAUGCCACAGCCGAGGAAAUGGAGGAGGCUCGUCGACUGAAGAUCGCCAAUUCCAAGAACCCCAAGCGCACCAAGGCCAUGCUGGAUCAUUGGGAACGCUUCAACCGCGAGGGUCGGAUUCGCAACCCUAAGCGCUCAAAGGCGCAGAUUGAAUCAGACCGACAAGACGACCCUGUCAAGGCCGAAGUCCUGCCUCGCCCACCUGGCCGGCGCCGCAAGUCUCCAUCUCUGGCGCCCAUCCCUAAUGGCAACCUGGCCCCGAAGGCCCCGGUUGGAGCCCCUAUGACCAGCCACUUGGGACCUGGGCCUACAUUGCCGCCGAUUGGAAUGCCCCAGUACGCGCCUCCCAAUCCAUACGGUCAACCCCCUCCCAAUGUGCCAAUCGGGCAGCAAUUGCCCCCGCAAUAUGCGCCGUUUCCCUAUGUCCCCUAUCCUAUGAGCCACAUGCAGGGUCCUCCUCCUGGCGCUCAUCCCGUCGCUCAUCCUAACAAAUACAAAUACAAGUACGACUGUGCCGACCAUCUGUUGUGGUAG